UGGUCAACCAACGUAGUAAGCCUCAACUAAACCCGACCAAUCACGCGACACAAGAUCACCACAUAAACAGAGUCUCCCGGUUUUUGAACGCACAAAAGAUGUCUCAUCUCAAGCUCAGCGCGACAAAUUCAAAGUCUACCCAUGGGAGGCAAAAAGUACUCGAGCAGACCGGAGACUCGAGUUGGUUGACCCACCAUGAACACCCUCGGAGACAGAGAUCUUUCAUAGAACUCUCUUGAAGUCAUUUCUUGUGCUUCCUUCUCAUCUACCAAAGCGUCACCCAGAUUCGUCAGAUCAUGUUUCAACCAUUCGAGUCGUCCUCGAAUUAUUUCCGAUGCCCCCAAUGAAAAAUUCUUCCUUCGUGCCGUCCCAAGCCCUUCAAAGAGUCCAAAACGAAAAGCUAAGCGCGAGACAAACACCACGUACCCAAAAUCCAAAAGCCAUGCAUCGAUCUUUCAAUCGCCUCUCCUCCCUCGCUUUCCUUUUCCUUCUGCUCUCUCGCCCUGGCUCUACCGCCAGGGUCCUCCCGGACCCCGCGCCCGGGUUAGCCGCGAGAGCCGAGAACGCCACGUGGCACGGCUUUGCCAGGUUCUUAGACGCCGGCAAGGGGGCCGAAGUCGCCGGCAUGUCGGAGCUCAAGAGGUACUUCAACCUCUUCGGCUACCUCUCGGGCCCGGAUUCCAACUUUACUGACGUCUUCGAUGGGGAGCUCCAAUCUGCCCUGAUCGCAUACCAGACGCGGCUUGGGCUACCAGUCACGGGCCAGCUCGACUCCAGCACCAUGUCCGCGAUCACGACGCCGAGGUGUGGCGUGAGCGACGCCACCACCUCCUCCUCCCACGCGCUCCACACCACCCGCCACUACGCGUACUUCUACGGCAGGCCGAGGUGGGCCCGGGGAGCUCCCGCGACACUGACCUACGCGUUCUCACCCAGCAACAUGAUCAGCUACCUAAGCACGGCCGAGGUGAGGGCGGCUUUCGGGAGGGCCUUCGCGAGGUGGGCUGCGGUGAUCCCCAUGAGCUUCGAGGAGGUCGAGGACUACGAGGCGGCCGACGUCCGGAUCGGCUUCUACCGUGGGGACCACGGCGACGGCGAGCCGUUCGACGGGGUGCUGGGGGUGCUGGCCCACGCGUUCUCCCCGGAGAACGGGAGGUUCCACCUGGACGCGGCGGAGACGUGGGCCGUGGACUUCGAGAGGGAGAAGUCGAGGGUGGCCGUGGACCUGGAAACGGUGGCGACGCAUGAGAUCGGGCACGUGCUCGGGCUGGCUCACUCCACGGUGACGGAGGCCGUGAUGUACCCGAGCCUGAGCCCGAGGACGAGGAAGGUGGACCUCAGGAUGGAUGACGUGGACGGCGUGCAGGCCUUGUACGGGUCGAACCCGAAUUUCAAGCUGAGCUCCUUCUUGGAAUCUGAGAAAUCCUCCUCCUCGGACCACUCCGUGGGCUUGGGUACGAGGUUGUCAGAGUGGACUGCUCCUUUGCCACAUUUGGUGCCCAUCGUCAUCGUCGUCGUCUUCUUCUGCUUGUGCUGAAGAUAAUAUGUGGCCACUUUGCUUGGCUUAGCUUAGCUUUCCUUUCCUUUCCUUUCUUCUCUUUUGGGGGGGAUUUCAUUAUUCUUUUUGACAUCAGGAGGUAUAGAAAAAAGCUACAGAGGAUUUCACACGUGUGGAGGUGAGAGAAUGCUUCGGGCCUCCCUAAUUCGUUCUCGCAUUAUUAGUGAAUACACCAUUUUUUUUUCUU